AGACAGACGUACUUAAAGCCUCAUCUCUCCCUCCCUCUCAUCAUUUCGUCUUCUUCCUCCUGUUUGUGAUGGGAUCCAAAACUCAAUGGAGCUUUGGGCUCCGCUGCGCGUUGCUCUCGGUUCUGAUUGCCUCCUUGCAUGGCAUGACGACGGAGAGCUUCCGUCACAAGCACCACCGCGGCAAUGGCACGUCGGCCAGGAGGAGGGAGCGAGCGAACGGUAUCAGCUGCAACAUGUUCCAGGGGAGCUGGGUCUACGACGACUCCUACCCACUCUACGACUCCUCCACCUGCCCCUUCCUGGAGGCAGAGUUCGACUGCCAGCGCUACGGCCGGCCGGACAAGGAAUACCUCAAGUACCGGUGGAAGCCCGACGCCUGCGAACUCCCGAGGUUCAAUGGGCAGGAUAUGCUGGGGAGGCUGAAAGGCAAGAAGAUAAUGUUCGUGGGCGAUUCCAUCAGCCUCAACCAGUGGGAGUCGCUCGGCUGCAUGCUUCGUGCCGCCGUGCCCAACGCCAAGACAACCUACACCAGGAAGACCCCUCUGUCCACCAUAACAUUUGAGGACUAUGGCGUGUCGGUGAUGCUCUACCACACCACCUAUCUGGUGGACAUAGUGAGCGAACCCAUCGGACGCGUCCUCAAGCUUGACUCCAUCCAGUCCGGUUCCGCGUGGCUGGGCGUCGACGUCUUGGUCUUCAACACUUGGCAUUGGUGGACUCACAAGGGAAGCAGCCAACCAUGGGACUACGUACAGGAUGGAGAUCAGGUGUACAGAGACAUGGAUCGAUUGGUGGCCUUCAACAAGGGGCUGACGACGUGGGCCAAGUGGGUGGACUCCAACAUCGACCCGGCUGCCACCAAAAUCUUCUUCCAAGGCAUCUCCCCAACCCAUUACCAAGGAGCCGACUGGGGAGAGCAGAAUACAAAGAACUGUAACAAACAGACGCAACCGGUCGCUGGAUCGACGUACCCAGGCGGUCCACUUCCAGCUCAAGGCAUCGUCAACAGCGUCCUCGGGGCCAUGUCGAAGCCGGUCUAUCUGCUCGACAUAACCUUGCUCUCCCAGCUCAGAAAGGACGCGCAUCCAUCCGCUUACAGCGGAGAUCACUCGGGCAUGGACUGCAGCCACUGGUGCCUCGCCGGCCUUCCCGAUACCUGGAAUCAGAUCCUGUACGCAGCACUUGUUUGAUGGAAUCCGGACUCGGUGAAAGAACCACCAACCAAAGCUCGCAACUGGUAACCAGUAAGCGAGUAGCAUUCCCGGCAUCUCUUCAUGUAUCGGUCAUCGAUCACAAUAAUGUCCUGUCCUGCUCAAACUACGAUUUCAAAGAAGCCAGCCUCAAUCCGUUGGCCAUUGUAAUAAACUUUCGUUUCAUCA